AUGAAUGGAAGACCCGUCUACGAGAGGACUCUAUCAGAGUCCGAGCUGCUUGAGCAGCUCCCGAAUGAACUCACAAGUCUCAUUCGGUCACCGUCGGGGACUCAGCAGCUCCACGCGCUUGCGCUUGGCGCAUUAAAUACACAAUUUACAGAAAAUAUCUUCCGAUUAUACGAACCGAUUUUCGUCGACCUGGCAGCUCGAUGGCUUCGCUCGGACAUUCAAGCCGAACAUAUUCAUAUUCUGGCCGCAUUCGCUCGCAUCCUCCCAUUUGCUUCAUACCUUCGAUCCUUCGCUGGUCAAUAUGCUUUAUCACAGACUGGACCUGUGUCGACAUUGGCUGGAUCUAAGGAGUUAACAUUGCGUCAACUGGAUCCUAGCAGCACCCGAACUCUGCUCCUCGCCCUGUUCCGCCUUCUCUCAUUCGACCUAGAGACCUUCUCAAAAGCCGUGUCACCGAUCCAGCUCCAAUCUCUGUUUCCGCACGAAGACCCAGUCAUCCGGUACCUUGCGGUAAGAUGCUUCGCCAUGUACAUGCAUGCGGCGGAUGCUGCUAGCGAAAGCAUGUUGCGCGUGAAUACCGGCACUGAUCCCAUAGAAGGGGAAUGGGAAGGAAUCACAAUUGACUACCGCCUUCUUGGCCUGUGGGAAGAGCGUAGAUGGGAAAUUCUCGGCAAGACCAUCCAAAAUCAGAGAUCAAUACGAUCACCUAGUGAUAUGAUCGCACUGGUUGACCGGUUGCGGGACUCCCUUACCCCCAGAUCGGCCGAUGUGUGCGGUAUCUUAAUCCCUCGCUUGAAAGACGUAAUUUCAUCGGCCUCUUCUUCGGUUGUGAAAACCAAGACUGCGACAGAGAACCUGCGCCGCAUCGCACAGUCACUCCUAGAACCCAAACCUAUCUUGUUGAUAGGUCUGCCGAACUCAGGGAAGACCUCACUGAUCAAUGAUGUCGCCUCCACAAUGGGUCAAGCAGAGUCUAUGGUCACGCUGCAUCUCAAUGAGCAGACCGAUGCUAAAAGUCUUCUUGGAAUGUAUGCUACAUCCUCCACCACUGGCUCUUUCUCCUGGCAGCCAGGUGUUUUGACAAAAGCUGCGAGAGAAGGCCGUUGGCUCUUGAUUGAAGAUCUUGACCGCGCCCCAUCUGAAGUUCUUGGUCUCAUAUUGCCGAUUAUCGAAAGAGGAGAAUUGACGAUUGCGAGCCGAAGAGAGAGAAUCAAGUGCGCCGAGGGCUUCAAGAUUAUUGCAACCAUGAAGUCCUCAUACAACAUUGCUGGCGAAGAAAUUGCUCCCAGCUCUUCUAUGCUUGGCAGUAGACUGUGGCAGAGAGUUCAGGUGUCGUCUCUCCCAGUUGAUGAAAUGCGAGAUGUCAUUUUGCAAAAGUUUCCUCUUUUGGAGUCUCGAGUGCCUAUCAUUAUGGAUGUGUAUGCGAAAGUCUGCUCCGCAUUCCAUGGCAGUCUGGCAAUUAAGGGAUCUCAGGGUCGUACUCCUGGAUUCCGUGACCUGAUCAAACUCUGUAGCCGGCUACACCGACGGUUGCAACGCAUAGGUGCCAAAACCGGCUAUGAACCUGCUUCAGAAGCUAUUGAGAACGAAAUAUUCCUUGAUGUUGUUGAUGUAUUCCUGAAAUAUCUCCCGGAAAAGUCAAUGCAAAGCUCCCUCACUGCUGUUGUUGCAGAGGCAUUGCAGAUCUCGCCCCAACGCGCAGAUAAUCAACUCAAUGAUCGACCCCUCAAGUGCGAGGAUUUGGGUAAUAGUUUGUCAAUCGGCCGUGAAGUCUGUCAGAAGAUCAAGGGCGUGAAGCAUGCAAAGAAGUCGGAAGACAAGCCGGAAGACAAGCAGGCAAAGAAGCACGCAGAAGAAGCGUCGCAAUUUGCCUUCACAAGAUCGGCUCUGUCAGUCAUGGAGCAGGUAGCUGCCUCUGUACAAAUGGCAGAGCCAGUCUUGCUUGUCGGAGAGACUGGUAUCGGAAAGACAACUGUUAUUCAGCAGCUUGCCACCUUGUUAGGGCAGAAGCUCACCGUGGUGAAUUUGUCACAGCAAAGUGAAAGCACUGAUCUGCUUGGAGGGUUCAAACCUGUCAGCAUUCGCACAAUGGCAAUCCCGAUGCUGGAUGAGUUCAACACGCUUUUUGAGUUAACAUUUUCCGCUAAGAAGAACCAAAAAUUCUUGUCUUCCGUUUCCAAGAGCGUGGUAUCUGAAAACUGGGUACGCCUGGUGACUUUGUGGCAUGAGGCUGUGCGGUUGUCCAAUGCAGUUUUCAAGCCAGCCCCGUCCAAGGAGGCCGAGAAUGGGGAUGAGCAGCCAUCUAAAAAGCGGAAGCUUGACUCACCAAAAUAUCAACACCUGCGACAGCGUUGGGAAAGCUUCCAAUCGGAGCUCACUGACUUUGAAGCUCAAGUCUCCCAAGGCGAUGCCAAAUUCGCAUUCGCAUUCGUCCAAGGAAAGAUUGUGAGAGCACUUCGAAAUGGUGAAUGGGUUCUGUUGGAUGAAGUCAAUUUGGCGUCACCCGAUACUCUGGAAAACAUCGCGAGUCUCUUGCACCAUGGUAGCGAAGGAACCCCUUCUGUUCUUCUAUCUGAGGCUGGUGAUGUUGAGAGAGUCUUUGGCCACCCUAAUUUCCGUAUUUUUGGUGCCAUGAAUCCCGCAACAGAUGCUGGUAAAAGGGAUCUUCCGCCUGGCCUGCGAUCUCGCUUCACCGAAUUCUACGUACACUCCCCAGACACCGAUAUGGACGAUCUCAUUGCCCUGGUUAAAAAGUAUCUUGGAGACUUGACCAUUCGUGAUGACCGGGCUGCCGCAGACCUCGCGCAGCUAUACAUGGCGACCAAGAAACUCAGCAAUGAUAACAAGCUAACGGAUGGUGCCGGACAACGACCGCACUUUAGUAUUCGAACCCUUGUUCGCGCUCUUAUCUAUGUCAUUCGCCACACUCAUGUCUAUGGUUUGCGUCGUGCAAUGUUCGAAGGCUUUAGCAUGAGUUUCUUGACCGUGUUGAGUUUGGAGUCCGAACGGGCAUUGGUCCCCCUUCUUGAGGCUCAUAUCUUCAGCAACGCAAAGAACGCCAGGUCUCUUCUUGGACAAACUCCUCAGCCACCCGCGGAUGGCAGUGAUUAUGUCCAAUUCAAGCAUUACUGGAUGCGCCGCGGUCCUUUUGUCGCAGAAGAACAACCGCACUACAUCAUCACUCCGUUCAUUGAGAAGAAUCUUAAGAACCUAGUGAGAGCUAGCUCGACCCGUCUUUUCCCCGUUCUGUUGCAAGGUCCAACAUCUGCCGGAAAGACAAGUAUGAUUGAAUACCUGGCAAAGGUUUCCGGCAACAAGUUCGUUCGCAUCAACAACCACGAGCAUACAGAUCUACAGGAGUAUCUUGGUUCAUACAUUUCUACCGAUGAUGGAAGUCUUCGUUACCAGGAGGGUGUUUUGGUGGAGGCUUUGCGCAACGGGUACUGGAUUGUUCUUGAUGAGCUUAAUUUGGCUCCUUCAGAUGUUCUCGAGGCGUUGAAUCGGCUUCUUGACGAUAACCGCGAGCUGUUCAUCCCUGAAACUCAAGAAACUGUUAAGCCCCACCCCAACUUCAUGCUCUUCGCUACGCAGAAUCCUGCAGGUCUCUACGGUGGCCGCAAAGUUCUUUCUCGUGCGUUCCGCAACCGUUUCCUUGAAUUGCAUUUCGAUGAUAUCCCGGAAAGUGAGUUGGAGUACAUUCUGAAGGAACGAUCUCAAAUUGCGCCCUCUUUUUGCACACGGAUUGUUUCAGUCUACCGAAAACUAUCACUGCUUCGCCAAUCUAACCGCCUUUUCGAGAAAAAAAACAGUUUCGCCACUCUGCGUGACCUGUUUCGAUGGGCCCUCCGGGAUGCUGAUGAUAAGGAGCAACUGGCCAUCAAUGGAUUCAUGCUUCUUGCCGAGCGUGUACGGAAUCCCCAGGAGAAGGCCGCUGUGAAAAGCGUGAUUGAAGAAGUUAUGAAAGUCCGCCUGGAUGAGGAUGUCUUAUACAGCCCCGCGCAGUUAGAGAGAAAUGUGCCUCAGAUGAGCGAAUUGCCUGGUGAAGUUGUUUGGACAAAGGCCAUGAGGCGUCUGUUCGUUCUUGUUUCCAAAGCACUCAAGAACAACGAGCCGGUCCUUCUCGUCGGAGAGACUGGUUGUGGUAAAACUCAGCUUUGUCAGGCCGUCGCUGAAGCUUUCCGAAGAGAGCUGUUUAUCAUGAAUGCCCACGUCAAUUUGGAAACUGGUGAUCUUAUUGGUGCCCAGAGACCAAUCAGAAAUCGAGCAGCCAUUGAGAAGCAGAUCUGCGACGACCUUCGACUCCUCCUUCAUGGCGAUCAGCCUGCCUCUUCCUCCCUCGAACAACUGAAGCAAGAGUUUUCAGCCCUUGAUGCAGAACAACGUCAAGCCAAAGAUCAAGAUCUUUUGCGCAGGAUUGAAACAAACAUUUCUCGGUCCAACGCAUUGUUUGAAUGGUCCGACGGAAGCCUCAUUACUGCUAUGAAGACCGGUCAAUUCUUUUUGCUUGAUGAAAUUUCUCUUGCAGAUGAUUCUGUCUUGGAACGACUCAACAGUGUCCUGGAGCCUCAUCGAUCAAUUCUUCUUGCCGAAAAAGGUCCUAUUGACUCCAUGGUCGUGGCAGAUGGUGGGUUCCAAUUCUUGUCAACCAUGAAUCCCGGAGGUGAUUAUGGUAAGCGAGAGCUUUCAGCUGCUCUUCGUAACCGUAUGACUGAAAUUUGGGCCCCACAACUCUCUGAAGAUGAGGAUAUUCUGCCCAUCUUGCAAAUGAGACUAAAGCUCAACGACGAGAAGGUGGCAAAGUCCAUGCUUAGGUUCGCGGUGUGGUUCAAGACUACUUUCCAAAACACUUCGACCACUUCUCUAUCGCUUCGUGAUCUUCUCGCAUGGGUAGAUUUUGUGAAUACCUAUCAAACUGACGAGCCCCUUUUCGCCAUCAUCCAAGGUGCCGCCAUGGUCUUUGUCGACACUCUGGGUGCCAACCCCGCUGCAAUGCUUGCUAUCUCCUUGAACAAUCUAGAUGGUAACCGACAAAAGUGUCUUGAUAAGCUCGGUGAGCUGUUCAAUGUAAAUGCUUCCGCUAUCUAUAGGGAGUCAUCGACCGUUACCUUGGAGCCUGGAUUUUUGAAGGUCGGGCCGUUCAAACUCCCUACUGUGGGAGAGACGGAGCCUGACCAUCAAUUCACAAUGGACGCGCCAACCACAAUUGCCAACUCUGUCAGAAUUGCUCGUGGUCUCCAAUCAUCGAAGCCUAUUCUCAUGGAAGGCAGCCCUGGUGUGGGUAAGACCACCCUUGUUAUGGCCCUCGCAAAGGCCCUUGGAAAGCCCCUCACUCGUAUCAAUCUUUCAGAGCAGACAGAUCUUACGGACCUGUUUGGUUCUGAUGUUCCCGUUGAAGGAGGAGACGUUGGCCAAUUUACGUGGCGAGAUGCUCCGUUCCUACGAGCCAUGCAACGCGGUGACUGGGUUUUGCUGGAUGAAAUGAAUCUUGCAUCUCAGUCUGUGCUCGAAGGUCUGAACUCCUGUCUGGAUCACAGACAACAAGUCUACAUCGCCGAACUCGACCAGACCUUCAAACGCCACCCUAAUUUCGUCCUGUUUGCCGCGCAAAACCCGCACCACCAAGGUGGUGGUAGAAAGGGACUUCCUGCGUCUUUUGUGAACCGUUUCACUGUUGUCUACGCCGAGAGCUUUACUGAUUCGGAUUUGAAAACCAUUUGUGCUAGACUUUUCCCUGGAAGUCCUUCAAUCCAAACCGAUAGGCUGGUAGAUUUCAUCUCCGCCUUGAACAAAGCGAUCGUCACAGACCGUCGACUUGGCGUUGUCGGCGGACCCUGGGAAGUUAAUCUGCGAGAUAUCCAACGGUGGCUGCAGCUGGCCGAUCGGGGUAAUCUGCAAAUUUCCACCAAGCACUUCUUGGACGUUGUCAUCAGCCAGCGUUUCCGGAGUGAGGAUGAUCGAAAACUGGUUUCUCAGAUUUAUGAUAGCAUCUUCACUGACUCCGACGUCGUUCAAAAGAGUUACUUCCACAACCUUACUGCCGAGCAUCUGCAGGUCGGUCUCGGAAUAUUGACUCGGGACCGUCUUCUACAGCGCUCGGUUGAGCCGCAAAUGAGGAUUCUGCCCAAGGAUCUCCAUAUCCUUGAAUCCCUUAUCUUGUGCAUUGACAACUCUUGGCCUAGUAUCCUGGUUGGUGCUGCUGGAUGUGGGAAAACAACUUUAAUCCGCAAGCUUGCUGCCAUCAAUGGUGCGACGCUGCAGGAGCUGGCUCUCAGUGCGGACACUGAUACGAUGGAUUUGAUUGGUGGCUUUGAGCAAAUCGACCAUCGACGAGAAGUUUCGUCGUUUGUCAACGACGUGGAGGCAUUCUUGCGCCACCAGAUCAUUCAUUCCUUUGCGACCGGUGAUGUGUCGAAUGCGGUUGGCUCAGCUCUCCAAAUUUGCCAGCAUUUCCAGACCACAGAGACAUCAUUAGAAACUGUCAUCUCGGCUCUUUCGGAUCUUUGCGAGUCGUACUCCGACCUGACGCUCAAAGAAUUCCUCAAGCGAGCCCAAAAGCUGCACGACACAAUCCACCAGGCUGAUAAGAUGAAGGUUGGAUUUGAAUGGACUGAAGGUGUUCUCACGAGAGCUGUCCAAAAUGGAGACUGGGUGGUUCUCGACAAUGCCAAUCUUUGCAACCCAUCUGUUCUUGACAGAUUAAAUUCCUUGACAGAGCCAAAUGGUACUCUCAUCUUGAACGAGCAGCGCACCGAAGAUGGAUCGGCUCGCAUCGUUACACCCCAUCCCAACUUCCGUAUCUUCUUGACCAUGGAUCCCCGCAACGGAGAACUGUCACGCGCCAUGCGGAACAGAUGUGUUGAGAUCUGCUUCAUGUCUAACGAGGUGAAGGAUAUCUCCAGUGUAGUAGGCCCAUCUUACACUUGCGAAUCGUCUCUUUACAGACUACGCCAUAUCUGGAACCUGGACGCUACGUUGCCACCUGCCGCUUUUGAUGAAUCCAUUGGUGUUUGCCUGGAUCAUCUUUCUCCGGCGGACUUGUCCUAUCUUCAAAAGUUGCCUGGAACCCAGCUCCCCUAUGCCGAUGAUAAAAAAACCAGCCAACUCAUCUCCAGUGCUUUGCAGCGCUACCAAUCACUGGUCCGCGACAAAGAACAAUGGAAACCGCUCGAAGUCAUUGCUGGCGAUAUCAUCAUGGCAGGGGCCUCUUUGAGCAUCCAGGGUGCUCUGCAGCCUAUGCAUCCCUUGGUCAAUGAGCCUCUCGUGUCAAUCACUGGAAACAGUGAGUAUCGCUCAAGUCUCAUUAUCCUGGCUUACCUUGAAGAGUUCAAGCUUGAGAUUCACCGUCUUCGCCAAAGCCUUGUCCAGGCCAAUGAGUCCGCAAAGGAGCUCAAGCCAAGUCAAAUGACAAGUCUUGAGCGAUCUUUGGCAUCAAAUCGGAUACAGUCAUUGAUGAAGGAUACAACACAGCCCGUCAGCCACUUCUUGAUGGAUUGUGGCCAGGCUCUAUACGACUAUAUUCAGGGUCUGGAUCAAAUCAGCGUGCAAUCCCCGGAAAUAGUUACAGUACUGAUGUCCAUUAUCUGUCUGUGUUGGGAUAUUUACCGUGCCACGGAUGUUAUGAAGGUUGAGGAGGGCGAAUUCCAAGUUUACUUGCAAAUUGGUAGGCAGAUUUUCGCAUCGCUACUAAGCUCAUCCCCAUUGCUCAAGCCUUUGGAAGCGCCUCUUUCUCGCGCCCUCGCUCGCUUCCAAGCUGGCUGGGCAUUGACAACUGGUUUGAGCAUGCAGAGAAUGUGGGAUGCCUGGAGACAUGUCACACCCGCUUCUCAAAAGCAACUUAACUCCCUCAUUGAGUUGGAGAAAACCGUGGCCGAAUUCACUGCGCUUGCCUUGCAAACCCGAGUUGAUAUCUCUCAACUCAGUACUGUUUGGGAUUCCUUGAUCAACGCCCAGCGGUUCAUCCUCUUGGAUGGCGCCGACGGAGAAGCCCUUGUGCACAGUCUUAAGCAAACAGUGAACGAGCUUGGCCAAGCUGUACGACGUUCUGAUUCUCCCCAACACCCAUACUUCACAGAAGCCUUUGAGGCCCUCUGCCAGUAUCGCGACAUGUCUGUUGCCGACGAAGGAAACCGCGACUCGGCAAUCCAAACUAUGGUUCCAUUGCUUGCGGGUCGCCCUGCUCGCUCACUCGCCUCGUCAAGUCUCCAGAGCAGCGUCCCAGAACUCCUCAAUAGGCUUGCGCUCUUCACUGGCGCGGCAAACUCAUCGCGUUCUUCCUUAGCUAUUGGUGGGGUUCUCCCACUAUCUCUGUUGGAUAGACUGACCUCAGUGGGAGCUACAACUUUGGGUCAAAUGGAUCUCCUGCAAGCUGAGAAACGAGCGCUAUCAAAAGCCCUCACUGUCAGCAGUCGUCAAAUUGCGGAAGAACAACUGCGUACUCUCCAGCGCGUUCUUGCGCAGUUGACGAUCGAAUUGCUUUGCUGUCAUCAGGAAUUCUUCGAGCCUCAGUCAUUUACGGGCUUGGUUUCUGCUCUACAAGUCGUCCAGAGAGAUGGUACUUGUGAUCUGGCCCCUGUCUCCAUCGAACUGCAGAGCAGCAUUGGAGAGGGUCACUUCUUCAGAAGCUUCGCUGAGAAUGCCCUUCCCCCUCUUCUUAAGUCAUUGGCGACACCUCUUGAAGGCACUACCAACAUCGUCCCUAUCGAGGGUAUGACUCACCCCGUGGCCCUCGCCUCAGUUCAACUGGCAGUGAUUCUUCUCCGCUUGUUUGUUCCGGAUAAGGUUUUCGAUCCAUCUCUUGGUCUUGUCGUUCAGCGCAGGCGCCACGAUCAACGCUUGGACGAGUUCAAUGCUAAAUCAAAUGCCAUCUUGACAUUUGAGGCCACUUUCUCUGGUCAAGCCUCCAAUCUCCGGUCUGCUCUACUUGAAGAACAAACCAAGACGUUGGGAUCUGCUCCACCUCCAUCAUCAGUCACACGACCCGAGAAAUCCGAACUCGGUCUGUUGCACGGAGAAUUUUCGAACUUGAUCAAUUCCAUUCUCAACCGAAACCCAGAGCAGUUGAUUCAGUCGGCCAAAUCCUCGAGUACGCAGGAAAUGGUCCAACUUAUGCGGGACAACAUCCACCAGCUCAGUAGCCGACUCAGCGCGCACUACAGAUCGUAUGAUGAUAUAACCGAGCCUGUGGUUCGCUUCCUUCAACUACUCGACACUGGUCUUUUCCUGAGCUCCGUGUCAGAUGAAAAGAUCGAUGACAUUCAAGACAUCAAGUGUCUGAGUCAACGCACACCUUUCUUAGGUGGAUCUGUUCACCCUGCCUUUGAGGAUGCAUGUGGCUCCGAGUCUGACCCGAGCCAGGCACCAAGCCAUGGUAAUGUCAUCGAAAUGCGACUUCAUGAACUGUCUGCACUCUGGGCCGCCAAGGACGCGGAUGCAAACAUUCUUGAACUUCGAUCUGGUCGCGAUACGAUCCGCAAUGUGUUUGCUGAUUUCCAUCAACUGUGGAAAACCAGGCUCCGUGAGGACCAAGAAAAGGAAGCUGAAAAGUCUGAACUCUAUCGUUACCGAGGUUCGUGGGAAGACGGUGAAGAAGUCGAUGAAGCAGACCUCGACGAGCUGUUCCCUACAUAUGAAAAGGAAAGCCUACCCAACUCAGAGGAUGUUGCUGCGCUUGAUCCUAGGCUCAUUGCUUCUCGACUGGCCUCGUUACAUGCUAAGCUUGUCAGCGAUCGUCAGACCGGACAUGCAAUGCGUGCUUUUGUCAAGCAGACUGGUAACCUACUAGGAUCACUGUGGUCUAAGAGCAAGACAGAUUUCUCUCCAGUUUUGGCCCAAAACCACCUGCCCGUGGUCCUUCUACUUCUUGAUGAUGUUGUUGCCGAGGAAUCUCAAGACAGACAGAAGAACUAUAACUUCUACACUGAUUCCAAUCUUGCCGAGGCACGCAGACUUGUUACUCUGACGCUCUCGGUCCAAUCGCGAUUUGUUCAAAUCCAAACCGCAUGGCCAGAGCAUGCUGUUCUUCAAGAUGUCAUCACCUGCUGCUCCGAAAUUCUCCAAUUCAAGCACACCGAGCCCGUUGCGAAAUUCCUGACCAAGGUUGAAAAGCUUCACUCCUAUGUUCAUGAAUGGCAGCUUGUCGCUAGCCGGGAAUAUUCUGCCGCCUCUCUCUAUGACGAGAUCACGAGUAUGACAGUCAGCUGGCGUCGACUUGAACUGACUACCUGGGCGAAGCUCUUGGAUAUCGAGAAAGAGCGAUGCGAGGAAGACGUCAGCGCCUGGUGGUUUGUUGCGUAUGAAGCCCUCUUGGCUGUGCCUCUUCAGAUGGCUGAGUCUGGCGAGGAAGACAUGAGUGACCACAUCCAAGGUGUCAUCUCUACACUGGAACAAUUCUUCAUGUCCACCACUCUUGGUCAAUUUUCUCGCCGUCUCCAACUUGUGUCUGAUUUCCGAGCGACUCUUCUGAUUUUCGCCAAGGACUACGAAUGCCUCAAGCCACUUGCUUCUGCGCUGGCCAAUUUCAUCGCCCACUUCCAACCAUUCGAACCUUUGGCGGAAAAGAUGCUGCAAGAAAAGAGAGCUACCCUUGAAAAGGACAUCAAAGAGCAAAUUCAGUUGGCGAGCUGGAAAGACACCAACAUUAUCGCCCUCAAGGAGAGUGCCAGACGGUCACACAUCAAGCUCUUCAAAUUGGUUAGGAAGUACCGGGCGGCUCUUGCUCAGCUAGUGCAGCCGGUUAUUGAACAAGGCCUUUCGGAUGCUACAGCAGAAGAAGUCAUUCCCCAACAGGAGAAAAAGGUCCUUGCCUUUACCGUGUUCCCGGAAGCAUUGGUAUCUUCCCAGGAGACCGACGCCUGGAGCUCGAGACCACUCAGAUUCCAAAAUCCCGAGGGCACUUCUCGCAACAUGAUGAACCUGUUUACGGCAAUUCCUUUGGAGUUUGACAUUACCGCGGAUCUUGAUGAAUUCACCGUGUCUGUGAUCGAGGGAAUCAACGAAUUCAAGACUCAGACUCCGAAAACGCUUACUUUGGACAACAAGGAUGACGUACAGCACCUCAAGGUCCAAAAGCGUCGUCUCUAUGCCGAUACAUUAAAGCGUGUCUUCGAAAUGGGAGUUAAGCGGAAUGCGGGAACUAGCCUGAUCGAAACUCAGGUGUCGCUUGCACAAGUCCUCUCAACAAGUGCUGCUUUCGAAUCUGGGACUGCUACAUCAAAGGCCAUUCACAGCGCCGAUUCCUACUUCCACCGUUUGUUGGACCUGUUGCCAAGAGCUCGUCUGGCGUCACGAACUUACUCCGAUGAGUUGACCAACGUAGAGGUUUCCAGGAGUAUGGGCUCCGUUGAACAUUUGUUGUUCAUGAUUCGCCGACAGAGAGGCCUUAUCUCCCCUGCUCUGUCUGGGUUGGGAUCCUUGGAGGCAAUCAUUGGAAAAAUGGAGAGUACUUGGACUGUUGAAUCUACCUCUUUCACCAAGGUCUAUGUCAAGCUCGAAGAGCGACAGGCCUUCCUCUCCAGAAAGGUGGCGUGGUUGAUCCCAAUUCUUAAGCUUGGUUCUGAAGUCGUUGGAGUACACUCCAAGUUUUCCGGUCUGCAGGCCUCCACCAUCACUGAGGGUCUUCUUUCUCAAAUGGGUGUUCUUGAAGAUCUACGGAAAGCACUCAACGUUCUCCCUAGACUUCCUGUUGGACUUGUGUCACGUAAGCAGAGGGAUUUGACUGACAAGGCGCACGCUUUGCUUGAGCAGCUCUCAUCUGAUCUCCUGAAAUGGGAGGGUGAACGUCCGGAUCUAUCCUUCGUUCUCAGCCAGAUUCGCAAAUGGUCUUUGCCCGGCCUGGCUGAUCACGUUCACAUGAAUUCAGAGUCUGCCCCCGGCAUUUCUAUUCAGAAGUUCGAUAGCACCCUUCUUGCGGCCAUUGACAAGAUGCUCGUCGGACUGCAGAAAUUGAAGGAGGUGCCUGCUUCAAUCGACUUCAGUGGCCUUUUGUCACGAAGUGACGAGUUCUUCUCCCGUGCGUCGAAGAAUGUUCACAUCAGCGAGAUCAGUGCGUCCCUUGCGGCUGUUUUGGAGCAGAUGCAGCACUUGGACAACGAGAAUGAUCUCAAACGAGCUGCUGCCUUGAUUGCCAGCAUUCUGCCAAUUGCCAACAGAUAUUACGAUAUCUGCCGAGAGUUGAUCAAUCGCUUCAUCACAGUUCACCGCGAGGUCUGCAAGACUUCAUACACCUUGACCAAGGCAUUCGUUCAAAUUGCCUCUGAAGGUUUCUGUAGCCCAGCCGAAGCCUCCCAGGACCAGGGUCAGGACGGCAAGAUGGAGAGCGGAACUGGCCUUGGCGACGGUGAGGGUGCCGAAGAUAUCAGCAAAGAUGUUGGUGAUGACGAGGAUCUUUCGGAGCUUGCUCAGCAGGCGCCGAAGGAAGACGCAAACGAGGAGAUGGAUGAUUCUGCCGAUGCUGUUAACAUGGAUCAGGAUGAGCUUAAUGCUGAGUCAGGUGAACACAAGGAAGAGGAAGAUGAGGAUAACGACAAUGAUGAAGAUGAAGAGGAGGGUGACCUUGAUGAGGAGACGGGCAGUGUUGAUGGUCUUGAUGCUGGCGCCGUCGACGAAAAGAUGUGGGACGGUGCCAAUGAUGACCAGCAGAAGGAAGCAGAGAAUGAUGAAGGAAAGGGUCAAGCUGAAUCUGAUGAGCAAGCCGCCGCCCAGGAGCAGAAGAAGGAGGCCGAGGAGGGCCAGAAAGGAGAAGAGGAUGGUGAUGAGGAAGAGGAUGAUGAGGAGGAAGAGGAUCCCGAUGAUGAGGGUGAAGCGGUCGGUCGUGAAGAUAUGGAUGUGACCGACCCUCAAGCAAAGGAAGAAGAUGCCCUUGAGCUGCCCGACGAAAUGCAGCUUGAUGGCGAUGAUAAGGAAGGUGGUGAUGAUGAGGGUGAAGAUGAUGGUAUGGAUGACAUGGACGACAUGGGUCCUCUUCCGGAGGAAGAAAGGGGCGAGGACCAGGAUGACCAGGCCGGAGACGAGGAUGCCGACAUGGCACCCGAGGAGGUUCCUGGCGAAGAUGAGGAAAUGGGCGAGGGAGAAGAUACGAACGAAGGAGAGGCUGAUGGCAAGGAGGAGGAAGAGGAAGAAGCCGGCGGAGAGGAUCCAGAGGAGCCUGAGCAUGAUGAGUUCCUUGCCCAGCGUGACGAUAACGAGGCCACUGCCGAUGAAGUUGCGCCCAGCGAAGCUGUCACUGGCGGACAAGGUGCCGACCAAGACCAGAACGAGGACAAGGGGGCCUCGGGAGACGCUCAGCAAGAGAGUGGUUCCAACGAUCCGACUGCCAGCGCCGAGGAACAAAACGGCGCUGCCAAGGAUAGUGAAGAAAGCAAAGCCAGUCGCGAUGCUGGGGGAGGUGAAGACAGUUCUCCCAAUGAUCCCCAGAUCCAGGCAUUCAAGAAACUUGGGGACAUUCUCGAGGAGUGGCACCGUCGCCAAAAGGAGGUGCUGAAUCCCUCUCAAGAAGAGGAGGAUUCCCAGCCACUACCUCAAGAUACCGACAUGGCGGAUGCCGAUUUCGAGCAUCUCAAGGAUGAUGAAGAUGAGGCCGACACACAAGCUCUCGGACAAGCAAAUGACGACCAAGCCCAGGCUCUCGACCAGAACAAGGGCGUGGAGUCAGACAUGAAGCCUGGCGAGAACGAUGUUCUUCCAGACACUGCAGAGGAACAAGAUGCCCUAGAUAAUCAACUUCAGGACGAGAUGCAAAUCGACCGUUCUCCCGUCCCAACUGACGGGAAAGCCGGAGCUUUCAUUCCUGGCGACCAGACCUCUCGAGAGCAAGCAGACGGUGCUCCCGCUGAAGACGUUAACGAAGAGUUGGACCAAGUCGACACGCAACUCGCGGCUAUCCACCUCUCUUCUUCCCUUCCCCCAUUGACUUCAGAAGAGGACGCCCGUCGUCUCUGGUCUCACUAUGAAUCCGCCACAAACGACCUCUCUCUAUCCCUCACUGAACAGCUGCGUCUCAUCCUUGCCCCCACCAUGGCUACCAAGCUACGUGGUGACUUCCGCACCGGUAAGCGGUUGAACAUCAAGCGAAUCAUUCCCUACAUCGCAUCCCAGUACAAGCGUGACAAGAUCUGGAUGCGUCGCUCGAUUCCCUCAAAGCGUAACUACCAGAUCAUGCUUGCCGUCGAUGACAGUAAAUCCAUGCUAGGUAGCGGCAGUGGCCAGCUUGCUUUUGAGACGCUGGCCUUGGUCGCCAAGAGUUUGAGCAUGCUCGAAGCGGGUGACCUGUGCGUCCUUGGAUUCGGUGACGAGGACCACGUCCGUGUGGCGCACGAAUUCGGCAAGCCUUUCUCCUCCGAGGCUGGUAUGCAGGUGUUCCAGCACUUCAGCUACCAGCAGACUGGCACCAAUGUGCGUAAGCUUAUUGCCGACUCCAUUGCUCUCUUCCGUGAGGCUCGCUGGAAGCGCUCCCCUGGCUCUGGAUCUGCGGAUCUCUGGCAGCUUGAGUUGAUUAUAUCCGAUGGUAUCUGUGAAGAUCACGACACUAUUCGCCGUCUUGUGCGCCAGGCUCUUGAGGAGCGGAUCAUGAUUGUCUUCAUUAUCGUUGAUGCGGUCAAGGGCAGCUCCAUUCUUGAUCUGUCGCAGGCUAGCUUUGAAGCUGAUGCUGAGUCUGGUGGUGAGAUGAAGCUGAAGAUGAAGCGCUAUCUCGAGGACUUCCCCUUCCCCUACUACCUUGUUGUUAGAGAUGUUCGCGAGUUGCCCUCUGUUUUGGCUACUGCUCUUAAGCAGUGGUUCGCUGAGGUCGUGGAUGUUUCGUCGUGA